ACUCGCCGCGCAACUAUGGUCGGAAAAGUAUAUACUCUCGGAAGCUCUCUGCGCGAUAAACGACUUCUCGACUGGCUCUCGGCGCGUCGCGUUUAGUUCUCGCGAGAAUCGUCUGUCGUUUCUCUCGUAAAAAAAAAAAAAAAACGUUCUUCGCACAAGACUCGUCGGAUGAUACGAUUCUGGUCGUUUUUACUGCUGCAGCGGUUGGAAAAUGCCCGAAAUUAGCAGCGGCGAACAAUACUCGACAUGGGUGGGACUAGUCUACGUAUUCAACCUAAUCGUUGGUACUGGAGCUCUAGCGCUCCCAGCUGUCUUCAGUCGAGCAGGAUGGCUCCUUGGGUCAGGAGUGGUUUUGAUCCUGGCAUUCAUAAGCUUCAUUACGGUGACAUUCGUUAUAGAAGCUAUAGCUUCUGCAAAUGCCAUAAUGACGUGGAGGAAGAUUCAACAACGUAAAAGAGUAGGUCUCAUCCAAGACUCGGCCUUCACUGGACCAGAGUUGGAGGCAAUGCAAGCUAUUGGUGAGUCUGGGCUCUCCAAUUCAGACUCUGAAGAUACACCUCUAGUGACUCCAGCCCCAAGAUCUCCAGAGCGUGCUGGUUCAACGUACCGAUACUACGUUAUUACCGAAAAAAUUGAGAUGGGCGAAAUGGCCUCUAUAUUCUUUAGUAAAAUGGGAGUGACGCUAUUCUAUAUUUGCCUUGCCGUUUAUCUCUAUGGUGAUUUGAGUAUUUAUGGAACGGCUAUCGCUAAAUCUGUAACCGACGUCGCCUGCACGUAUUUACCAGUUAAUUACACAUGUAAUGAAACUAUUCCUGAUUCUGAACUCUGCUGGCAAUCCUAUGGUCUCAAUCGAAUGGAUGCAUACAGAUUAUUUUUGACAUUAUUUGUCAUGUUCCUGGGUCCAUUCGCCUUCUUCAAUGUUCAAAAAACAAAAUACUUGCAAUUGUUGACGUCUGCUAUGAGAUGGAUGGCUUUUAUGAUAAUGAUUAUCUAUGCUAUAAGAAAGUUGAUAGUUGAUGGUCCGGAAGGAAAACCACGAGAAUCCAAUUUUUCUGAACUGCCUGGACUGUUUGGUGUAUGUGUUUACUCCUUUAUGUGCCAUCAUUCCUUACCUGCCCUGGUAGCACCAAUUUCAGACAAAUCCAAGCUCAAUAAGUCGUUGAGCUUCGACUUUAUACUGAUCUCCUUUUUCUACCUUUUACUAGCUCUCACAGGUGCUUUUGCCUUUGAGCAAUUAGACGACCUUUAUACCCUCGAUUUUGGUCCUAGAAACUGUUCAUACGGAGAGAACUUUUUCAUAGUCAUUAUCCAGUACUUCCUUGCUCUGUUUCCUGUGUUCACACUCAGCACCAGUUUCCCUAUAAUUGCCAUAACUCUCAGGAAUAAUCUGCAGUCCUUGUUCCUAAAAGAAGGUGAAACUUACAAUUUGUGUCUACGUAAGCUUUUAUUCCCAGUGAUGGCAGUAUUUCCUCCAUAUUUGAUAGCGAUGAGCACAAAGAAUCUUUCUGUAUUGGUGAGCAUAACAGGUUCGUAUGCAGGUACUGGAAUCCAGUAUUUGAUACCCAUCUUCUUAGUUUAUAAUGCGAGGAAGCAGACUGCCGAAAUUAUCGGGCAGGGUGUGAUUAAUAAAUUCGCCAGUCCGUUUGCAAGCACUCGAUGGAUUAUCUUUAUUUUUGUCUGGGCCGUUGUUUGCAUGAUGCUCGUAUCUCUUAACUUCAUUAAAAAGCAUCUAUCAGCUAGCUUGGAAAAUUUUUGGUAAAGUAGAAAUUAAUAGAACAGGAUUAAGAGCUAUGACAAAAAUUGUAAUAGGGUUUUUCUAUUGAAUUGUCACAAUAAUUACACAAGAAUUUUACGAUACAAGCAGAUGAUGACAUAUCUAAGUGUUGGUUUGUACCAAUUAGAUAAGAAAAAUAUAUAUUUAUGAGUCUGUUCUAUAUAAUUACAAUUUUUGUCAUUCUUGUUACAACGCACAGACGAAAAAUAGUUUACUUUUACUGUGAUAGGAGAUACAGUGAGAAGAUUGAAAAACUAAGACUAGAUCCUUCGGGAGAUACGAGGGUAUGUAAGAAAAAGGGGCGUUCUAUGCCUUGCAACAAGGCAAAUCUAUAAUUGUUAAUUUUUGUCAAACAUCUAAAAAAACAUCACGCUUGCGCGUAAUGUCACCGACAAUAAACUACAUAAAGUCUUAAAAGUGGCUUUAAGUGGGCCAAAUCGUAUAUUCAAAACGUAUACGUCAUUCUUGAUUUUUUAUUUGUAAGAGUAAUGUGAAUUAUUGUAUUAUUUAUCUCCAUUGAAGUGUAACAAAUGGACUGUGUAUAAUAUUAGACGUUGCAUUAAGGAAUCAUGUCUUAAAGUUCUAUCUGAUCUGAGAGCAGAACUGAAAUUGCGCAAAAAGUAGGAGAGAUACAAAUUUACUUGAUUAUGAUAACUAAAGCAGUUAUAUACUAAUUAGAACAUUUAUUGAUUGUUUAAAAAAAGUGAAAUAUAUUUAAAGAUGUAAAAAUUUCUUAAGAAAAGUGUAAUAUCAGAGGGAAUCAACUUCAACUCCUACAUUAAGUUAUGAUUUCGAUGAGGUCGAUUCGAUGCUUAAUAAAAUAUGAAAUUAAAAAAAUUAUAUUUGUUCAAUACAAUCAAAAAUGUAUACUAAGGAAUUUUUUCAUCCUUAAUUACUGUGAAUGUAAUGAUUUACCUGCUGUAAAUUGCCUGAUAAGUUAAUGCGAGUAUAAUUAUUAUUGAGAGGAAAUACCGAAAUUUCAUAUAACAUUUUUCGAAACUUAAUAAGUCUGAUAUGGCUAUUGUAUACCUAGAAUAUUUAUCUUUAAUUAUACUCUUUUUUAAUUGACGUACUAUGUCGCAUUGUAGUAAAUUUAAAUUUAAAUAAUCUUUACCGAAUGGUAAAGAGAUUACGUUUCCAUAAUGUUUUUAAAGUAUGAUAAUUUUUUAAUUUACUUAUAUUGUUCCUUAUGUUUGUUUGUUAUUUUUAUAUGCUAUUUAUAUGAAUACAUUCCGUAUUCACUUUACAUUAAUUUAAUCUUCUGAUGAAUUUAAAAUUCUCGAACUAGAAUCUCAUCUGUUUAAUCAAUGCUAAAAUUAAAAAGAAAAGUAUAAGUAAAUUUGUGAAAUGCCCAUGCCCAAAAUCAAUGUCGAACAGUGUGAUUACGUUUGCUGUAAACGUACAUAAGUAAACCCAUUCGAGAUUGCGUAUUUAGAAUAAAGCGUGUAUUUUCGAACAACGAAAGUAUCUAAUAUUUAGCGAGAAGUGUAUAUUGUUAUAAAAGGAAAAAAAAAUGAAAAAACAAUAAAUCU